AUCAUAGAAUAUUAUCUAUUUACAAAUUUUUAAGCGGUUAACGUAAUUUCAACCGAUCAUUCAUUUUAUUUUCAGUUUGACUUGAAUUAUACUUUUUCUCAAUUUACCACUAAUGAGUAUUACAGCUUGAACUUGCUGAACAAAAACCCUCGACUAUGGAAGCUGAAGAAACACAAGCUCCUGUACCUGUACCUAGAAGAUCUUUGAGGCGGUUUGCAUUAUCAGAAGUGAAUGAACCAGGAGGUACACCAACCAAAAAUCAGAGUCCUGAGGAAAGGGCCAUCAUACAAAGAGGAAGGCGAAUGAAGCCAAUUACUUGGUCCCCUUUAGAUUAUAACAGAAAUAAUGUACUGCAAAAAUCAUCUGACAAAACCCCAGAGAAACAUGUUGUUUCACGUACCGAGCUUAUUAGCUCCAGAUUGAAGCGAAGACUCAUCCUGAGUCCCACCAAACCCAAAUCAAAACCAGAUGAUGGUUCCCUUAUGGCUAGAAAAUUGAGAAUGAUUGAUAGAAAGGGGGAAGAAAUUGAUUUUUAUAAUGCCAUAAAAUAUAAAGUUCAGUACAAUAAAAUAGGGGAAGAAAUAAAAGACGAUUAAGGAUUUAAUCUUUUCUUUGCCUUAGUUGAUACGCUUAAAUUUUUCGUACCAAUGAAAUGAGACCAAAUAACUCCUCAAUUAUGAAUAAUAGUACCUGCAUCUUGAAGAAAAUCAAUUGUGCCUUUCUAUUUGAAAUUCAAUAACUUCUUAUUUUUUCGCCAAUUUCAUAUUCUCUCUAUUGAACUGGCUUUCUUUAAAUUGAAAAAGUGUACUUAUUUUUAUUUACGGACAUGUUACCAUGGCAGAUUAUUUUCAUCAUUAUGAUGUUAGAUCAUUAUUUAUAUUUAUUGCUUAUGCAAAUGAAUAUUGAAGAUAUUUGUUUAAAUAAUAUAUUAUUAUUACCAAACAUUUGGAUUACAAAUAUUACCUUUAAAUGAUGUAUUUUUAUGGAAAUAAAUUCCUAAUUACUGUA